UCUUUGAACCUGUGUGUAGAAUUAUGUACACAGAAUGAAAGUUGUUAUUUAAUGUGAGUAAGUGUGUUGUGUUAUUGUUUAUUAUGUGCUGCGCAGACGGAUAACUCAUUGUGAUUUCAAUGAGCACUGCUUAUUUAAGCGUCAUGAAACAAGUGUUCCAGUGAUGAUAACUUGGUGUUAUUUCUUGUUUGGAUAAUUUCUUAUAAUAUAUUGCUGGCCUACAGUCUGUUAGUAUGAGCUUCAACAAGGGUGGUGAUGGAAGGCCGAGAGGGUUUGGAUUUUCGGGCUUCCAGCUGAAGCGGGAUAAGAGCAAUCAGUUGCCACCUCCACCGUCAAGCGCCAUCAGUAAACAUGGGUAUUCUACAAUGUCAGCAAUCAGCCAAAACGCUCUUGCAGCAAGUUACGGUUUACCAAGAAAAAGAUCAAAAACUGAAGAAGAGUAUUUUGAUGAAGAUGAUGAACAUACUACACCAACAUCAACACUGGAGUACAUUCCUGCCCCUGGCAGCCCAUCUUAUCAAGAACCAAAGAAUGACAGCUCGGAUUCAGAUGAAGAUCCAUUGGAUGCAUACAUGGCAGGCAUCGAACAACAAGUACACAGGGAAACAACAAAAAUUAUGGAGAAAGAUGACAAGAAGAAAGGUAUUAGAGAUGAUAUUGAGGAAGAAGACGUAGAGGAGUCUUACUACAGAUACAUGGAAGAGAAUCCUUUAGCUGGUGUGCAAAAUGAAGAGUCUGACCUAGAAAUAGAGUAUGAUGAAGAUGGAAAUCCAAUUGCACCAAAGAAAAACAAAGAAAUUGACCCCUUACCUCCAAUAGACCAUUCAACAAUCAAGUAUGAUGACUUUGAGAAAAAUUUCUAUAACGUACAUGAAGAAAUAGAAAGGCUCACAACAGACCAAGUGGAGGAUCUGAGACAAAAACUUGGAAUCAAGGUAACGGGUCCAGAUCCACCUCAUCCAGUGACUAGCUUCGCACACUUCGGAUUUGAUGAAGCUCUGAUGAAAUCAGUUCGAAAGUCUGAAUAUACUCAGCCGACACCCAUUCAGGCCCAGGCAGUUCCUGCCGCAUUGGCAGGGAGGGACAUAAUAGGGAUUGCCAAAACAGGGUCUGGAAAAACUGCUGCCUUUGUCUGGCCCAUGCUGGUACAUGUUGCCGACCAGCGUGAGCUGUCACCAGGUGAAGGCCCCGUGGGACUUAUUUUGGCACCCACAAGAGAACUUUCACAACAAAUAUAUGCCGAAGCCAAACGUUUUGGGAAGGUGUAUGGCUUGCGUGUCGUUUGCUGUUAUGGUGGAGGCUCUAAGUGGGAACAGUCAAAAGCCCUAGAGGAAGGAGCUGAAAUUGUGGUUGCAACACCAGGUCGUAUGAUCGACAUGGUCAAGAUGAAAGCCACAAAUCUCCAAAGAGUCACGUUUCUUGUGCUCGACGAGGCUGAUCGCAUGUUUGAUAUGGGAUUUGAGCCACAGGUGCGGUCAAUCUGUAACCACGUGCGACCCGAUAGACAGACACUGCUUUUCAGUGCUACUUUCAAGAAGAAAGUUGAGAGAUUGGCAAGGGAUGUUCUCACUGAUCCAAUACGGAUUGUGCAGGGAGAUGUCGGUGAAGCAAACGCAGAUGUUACCCAGGUAGUGAAAGUAUUGCCCCCUGGAGCUGCGAAGUGGAACUGGCUUUUGAGGUCACUUGUUGAAUUUCUGUCAUCAGGAAGUGUCCUUAUAUUUGUCACAAAGAAGGCAAAUGCUGAAGAAUUAUCUAAUAAUUUAAAACUGAAGGAGUACGAUGUUUUGUUGCUGCAUGGUGACAUGGAUCAAGCAGAGAGGAAUAAAGUUAUAACUCAGUUUAAGAAAAAGGAAGUCAACGUUUUGGUGGCAACUGAUGUUGCAGCUCGUGGUUUGGACAUUCCGCACAUACGGACUGUUGUUAAUUAUGAUGUUGCUCGUGACAUUGAUACUCACACACAUCGUAUUGGAAGAACAGGUCGUGCUGGAGAGAAAGGUACAGCGUACACACUUGUGACAGAAAAGGACAAGGAGUUUGCAGGUCAUCUGGUACGCAAUCUCGAAGGUGCCAAUCAAGAUGUCCCUCAGUCGCUCCUAGAUCUUGCUUUGCAGAGUGCCUGGUUUCGCAAGUCACGCUUCAAAAGUGGUAAGGGUAAGCCAGCAAAUGUUGGUGGGCGAGGGCUUGGCUACCGAGAAAAACCAGGAAUUGGUUCACAUGAAACACAGAGUCCUAAUACUGGAAUUGGUGAUUUGAUUCCAAAACCAAAGUCUGGACCUGGUACAGACAGAUUGUCUGCAAUGAAGGCAGCAUUCAGAAGCCAGUAUCAAAGCCAGUUCUUGGCAUCUUCGGAUCACACCUGGGAGCAGACAAUUGAGCAGAAACCUUCAUUUCUGAGUCCACAAAUGGAGGCGCAGAUUGAGAACUGCCCUCCUCCUCCACCACCACAGCAAUCCACAGGCAGCAGCCGGAGAGUGAAGAAAAGCCGCUGGGACAACUCGUAGUCAAAGGGGAUACCUCAGGGUGCUUCAUAGUUAUCUUUUUUUAUAUACUCUUUUCUGUACUGAUUUUUAGUGUUAUUGAGGACUAAAAACAGUUUCGUUUGAGAACAUACCUGUGGUACAGUGCAACGUAUCGUACACAUCUUGUUCAAAGGCACCAUUGUACAGAACUUCACUGUGUGUCCCGUGAAUGACUCGCUUUAGUAUUUUUGUAAAUGUUUGUGUGUAACUGUAAUUAUACGAUAGAAAUAAUUAUUUUUAGUACAUUGUGUGCUUGACUCAAAUACAUAGGUAUACCAUUGAAAAAGAAUAAUUAGAAAUAGUACUGACAUUAUAGUGUUUUAUUUGCAUUUGGAACUGCGACGGUGAAGUUGCAGGACUCUGUCUUUUUUUUUCCAUAAGAUUAAAAGUUGAAAUGUAUGAAAUGGAGCAGUUCAUUACUUUUUCUUCUUUUAUCAGUUAAGAACAAAUAAACGCCACUUCUGUUUA